AUGCGAAUGGAAUGCAAGACGGAGGGGGGAGGUGUACCGUUUGCCUUUUUUGUCGAGCUUGUAGAUGCUCUUGCCAAAGUCAAGCCGAGACCGGCUUCCAAGACGCAGAAGAACAGUGACCAUUGGCUGGACACUCCUGCAUACAAGAUCUUCAAUGGAUGGGUGAGGAACCUGCGUAAAAAUCACUCCCCACUUCCUCCGCACACAACUGCUAUCAUAUUUCGGUUUCUCUUCCCUGAAGACAACGUGCAACGUAAGUAUGGGUUGCAAGAGGCAGGCCUGGCACAAUAUCUCGCCAAAAUUCUCGGAGUAUCAUGCCAAGGACACGGUCGUGGGCAGCGAUUGAAGAACUGGAAAGCAGAAGACGCAAUAGGAUGCUUAGGAGACGAAGUCAGCAAGAUCUCGUCGGACACCGCGCACUCUCAAGCUUCCUCUUCGGCUGCAGUGACAAUCGAACACGUCGACACACUCCUCACGGAGCUUGCCGCCAAAAACGCAUUUUCAGCAUCUUCAGUGCACGUCACGUUCGCCUCGGCAGGUACGCCACGACGCAAAAGGGAAGCGAUAUUGAAGACGCUCUACGCGUCGCUGGAUCCACAGGAAGCUGCCGUCGUCACGCAAAUCAUUCUCAAGGACCUCCGCCCGCUGCUGUAUCCAAUUCCUUCCACCGCCACGCACUACACUCCGGCACUGCUCCAAUACAACAGCAACGCGGUUUCGAUGCUCACAAGAGAGCAAGCCAUGCGCGCCUGGGAUCCUUCGAGAAGGCUCAGGCAGAUCUAUAAGGUGCGGUCCGAUAUGGACGAAGCGACGCGCAUAUUCGACUCGCUACGUCCGGGUGACAAACUUCCGCGGCCUGAAGCUGGGAUUCCUGUGGAGAUCCCGAAGUGUACGAAAGGCCAGGGUGUUGCACACGCUCUUCGGGUGCUCCAUGGAACUGACGCGGUUUGGAUGGAGACGAAGUACGACGGCGAGCGAGCGCAAAUCCAUGUCUGGAUCACGAACGACGGACACUCACAUAUCAAAAUCAUCAGCAAGAGCGGUAGAGACUCGACGUUCGAUCGCGCAGCUAUCCAUCCACUCAUUCGCGACGCGUUUGGUUUGUCGCCACCAGAAAGCCCCACAGAUGUGACCAAGUGUUCGUUCAAGAGAAGCCUCAUCGUCGAGGCCGAAAUGGUAGCGUUCUCAGACGCUCAUGACCGUGUAGAUGAGUUUUGGCGAAUUCGAGAACUGGUGGAAUCCACCGCGAUCGGUGUCCGGCAUAAGACCCCGCAAUGCCCGUCGGACCAAUUCCAAUCGGAUACUCAGACAUCGAUGAUGUCCGACGACGCAUCCGGAGAUGGCGCUCGUCACCUUGCACUCGUAUUUUUUGAUGUGUUGCUUGUUGAUGAUGUCUCCCUAUUGUCUUUCCCCUAUUUGGAUCGAAGAGCCAAGCUCGAGGGCAUCGUUCGAACUGCGCCACGAUACUCGAUGCUCGCGGAAAGGGUCCGCAUUGACCCCAGACGAAGGGAUGCAGAGCAAAUUGUCACAACAGCCUUUGCCAAGCUCCUUGCCAACUUCGAGGAGGGAUGCGUACUGAAAGCAGAACAAUCGCAAUAUGGAGACAGUAACCUGCCAUGGGUCAAGCUCAAGAAGGAUUAUAUUCCCGGAUACGGAGAUAACGUUGACCUUGCCUUGAUCGGAGCUUCAUGGGAGAAGGAACGAGCCCGUGAACUCAGAGUUCCUCCCACGGCGUUCACGACUUUCUAUUUCGCUGCUCUCUCUAGACACCAGAAGCCAGAAACCUCGAAUCGCCCACGCUUCGAGAUCCUCUUUACUUCAUCUUAUGGAUUAGAUCGCCAGCAACUUGAACACCUCAACUUCAUGAUCAAGAGCUCCGACCCCUUACCAAAUCAACCACAGAUUGCUCGCAAACUGCCGUAUGACUUCGAUGGUUACCAAGACCUUCCCGAGCCCACUGUCUUCCUCACAGAGCCCCUGCUCGGAGAGCUCUUCGGCGCUGGCUUCACCAAACCCCGCAAAAGCACAAACUACGAACUGCGUUUCUCUCGCAUCACGAAAGUCUAUCGUCCAUCCGAGCGAUCGUGGCGAGACGCUCUGCUUCUGAGAGAGUAUCAAGAGAUUGCACGUGCAGCCGUAGGGCGCGACCGUCCGGACAAGGAAGAAGACGACUGGGCGCGAUCCGUUUUCCACCCCAACCAGCCACCAUCUCCGAGCGUGCGAUCUUCCCAGAAGAGAAAGCAAGCCGAGGAGAUGUGGAUAGAGAGGCUCUCCGAGGCGGACGGAAGGAAGGUCCCGGCCAAGAGGGCGCGUAUAGCAGAGCCCAAACGGAGAGUGGCAGAUUCGGCGAACGCGGAGAACCUGCAAGAAGGUGCGCGGGCGGAAGUCGCUAGGCAAGUACAGCCAGACGCUAGCAAGGACGUAGAAUCAGAGGAAUCCGUGCCGAGGUCAAGGACAGGGCUGUCGCCGCUCGGGUCUGUGACGAAUAUGGCCAGCACCGUGGAGGUGACAAUGAUGUCUCCGCCUACGAGCCCUAUUCGGCCAGUCCAGACUUCGUCGCGGACGCACACGAGAACUUUACCAGGAAAUCGUACGACCAAAACACGGCCCUCUCCUGAACCUUGCACUCCCCCUCGACCCGCUAUUCCCCGUCCUCCACACGAAUCUGUCAGAAAGGUCCUCAAGGAGCACUCAGCCCUCAGACUGCACGCGACACAUCUUAUGCUAGAGGAAGGCAAACUCGACACAGGACGCGUAUCGUCCUCUCUCGUUCCGACUCCUACCCUUCACCAAUACCUGCAAGACUCGGUGGUGUGGCUGGCACGCACUUCGUCGUCCCCUCGGCCACCCUGGCGCGCUCCUUCUCACUCCGUUGUACCCUCGGCGAACAAGAUGCACACGCUGGAUGCUUUCCUCAUUGCGUGCGGAUGGGGAGACUCUCCAGCAUGUCCGUGGGCUCGGCGCGGCGUCAUCUUUGACGAGCCAGAGGGCGAAAGCGCAUUCAAAGAACGCACACUCAAGGAACUCACCACUCUCCGGAACACUCUCCUUCAGAAAAAGAAGACGAAGGGGUGCAGGCCGGUUAUCGUACUAAGCAUGCGUAUGCUAGCCUAUGAUACCCUCGAUGCCAGUGUGACCGCGGACGAACUUGAAGCACAGGCGAUUUGUAGAUUUGUAUCUCUCGGAUCCCCAAGGUGCGCUGCGUUCGCGUCAUGGCGACUGCAAGCGUCUUACAAGCGUGCAGAUGUCUUCCGCUUCACCCUGUACUGGACUUUUGUUCUUUACAUCCCAGCGUUCAUCCUCUGCGGCACCUACGCCUUCUUGAAUCUCUCCUUCCCCCCGCGCCGACCUGUAUACAAGGGCUACAAGACCCGACCCGGCAUUUCCCAUCGCGGCUCGUCACACCGCAGCGGCACAGACAGUGAGAGCAUUCCGCUCCGGCGGUACGAGCGGCAGGGACUCGGGGCAGGGGACACGCGCGCGCAGAGCCAGCUACGCCUACCCUCGCGCUCCCCGGCGAAACAGAACGAGCGGCGGUCCCGGUUGACGUUCGCGAUCAUCGUCUUCCUCGUCUUCGCCGCAUUCGCGCUCGGGGGCGCGGUCGUGGGCAGCGCGAUCAUUGGCUACGUCCUCGCAGGGCUGUUCAAGGCGGCAAAGUUCGACAUGUCGACGUGA